UGAAUUAAGCUAUUCAUGUGCUACUUUGAUACUCUCUUAGAUCUAAGGCUAAUAUUUUGUUUAACAUAGAUACUUUAAAUUUCUUAAAACUUUCUAAAAAGGGUAGUAUAUAUCUUAAGAAAGCAUGGAAUCCAAUCAAAAUAUUAGAAACAAUCUUUUAAAGCAAAACAUUGAUCGGGAAAGAAAUUCAAACAUUGUCGGCGAAAACAAACGCAACGAAUCAGAUUAUUCUUAUGGCAGGGACCCGGAUAUGUUACAACAAGAUGAAGAAAAAAUCAAAAAUAGACAGAAGGUAGAGUCUGCGUAUUCCUAUGGAAAAGAUCCGGACAGUGGGUCACGUUUUAAUAAAAAAAAUAGACAAAAGGCGGAGUCUGCGGAUUCUUAUGGAAGAGAUUAUGACAAUGGAUUUGAAAGUGGAUCACGUUUUAAUAAUACUAAAAAUCGAUGGAUACCAGGUAGCAACAACCGACUUGAUAAUCAGAAGGAAUUGCAAGAUAAAGAUAUAACCAGUUCCGGAAAAACAAUUCAUUCGUACAUAGAACUUAAUGAACUUCCAAUACAAAACACUACGAAACCCCGAAAGCAAUCUAAUAGGUGCAGAAUAAUUCAAGUUGUUGGUGUUGUGCUUGUCCUAGCUGUGCUUGGAGUAAUAACAUUUUUUAUUGUGCGGAAUUUUUCAUCAAAAGCGGAAGAAGUCGUAUGCGGUUUGAACGAAAUGAAGGAUCCAUCCGGAUCAUGCAAACCUGUGGUGUGUGAGGACAAUCCUGUAGUUCAAAACGGACUGGUAAAUGUAUUAAAAAAAGCGAUCAACUCAACGGCAAAGUUACAGUGCAACCCUGGAUUCAUGGCAAAUACAAAUGUCCAUUUUCAAUGCAUGUCAAACGGGUCUUGGAUAAGUGAUUCCGAAGCAGCGUGCUUUUUGCAUCCAUGCGGACCAUACUCACUAUCUGAUAAUGUUAUAGUGAGCGAGGAUCUAAGCCAUAUCAACAUGUCAAUUACACUGCGGUGUGCAGAGGGCUUUGAUUUUAAAAACGAAAGUGAAAACCAAAUUCAAUGUGUAAACAAUACAUGGAUAGGAACACCUGAAUGUGAAAUACCAGGUAUAUUAACAACGGAGACAACAAGUUCUCCAGUAAACGUCGGGGAUUCGUUUAAUAUUUUAUGUCGCCUCAGAGAAUCAUCUAGUUGGCAAACAGUCAUGGUAUCUCGAUCUGGCCUCUCAAAUGAUUCUGUUCCGAACCCAUUAUUCAGCAUCACUUUCAACCAUACCAGGGGUAUACGGCAUGGUGCAACCACUUUCCGGGAAAAAGUGUCAACUUUCAGUGAUGGUGUCCACCUUCAGUUAACGUUUGAUACAGCUAACUGUGAUGACACAGGGGUUUACACAUGUGCCGUGAUUGUUGGUGAUAUACAAGACCCUACAGACAUAAAAACCAGGUCGACAGAAAUCAAAAUGAUAGAAAGGGCUUCAAAAAUAACGGAAAUAAUCGCUUCAACAUCCUAUGUUCAAGGAGACGAUGCCAAUGUUGUGUGCAAGGGACUCAUUGGUAAAGAUGAAAACGAGAAAAAAACACGGAGAAAUAUUUGUGAGAAUAUAUUGGGACGAGGAAACAAGCAAGGAUAUUAACUCUGUCAUUGAUUCAACACAUUCUUCCGGCUGCCAGGUUGAUGAACUUGUAAAUGCAUCAUUCGUUAUAACAAAUGAUAUGCAUGGAGCUGAGUUACAGUGUAUUGCUCGUGGUGAUGAUGGUAGUCGCGAUAAAAAGAGUAUUCUCUUGAAUGUGACAACCACAAAA